CCUUACGUCACAUGUAAACCCGAGCGAAGAUGGCGGCCACCGAGGGAGAAUCUUCUGCUCAGAAUGUGUCGGAUGAAUUAUUUCAAAAUUUUUACACUGAGGUGAAGCAGAUUGAGAAGCGAGACUCAGUGUUAACCUCCAAGCAGCAGAUUGACAGACUCCUCAGACCUGGCUCAUCAUACUUCAAUCUCAACCCUUUUGAGGUGCUGCAGAUUGAUCCAGAUGCAACAGAUGAUGAACUGAAGAAAAGGUUUCGGGCGUUGUCCAUUUUGGUCCAUCCAGACAAAAAUCAGGAUGAUCCAGACAGAGCGCAGAAAGCCUUCGAAGCUGUGGACAAGGCGUACAAACUCUUAUUGGAUCCAGAGCAGAAGAAGAGAGCCUUAGAUGUGAUACAUGCAGGAAAGGAAUAUGUGGAGCAUAUGGUAAAAGAGAAAAGGAAACAGUUAAAGAAAGAAGGGAAACCACUGGAUGUGGAGGAAGAUGAUCCUGAAAUGUUCAAGCAAGCAGUUUAUAAACAGACCAUGAAGCUGUUCGCAGAGCUGGAAAUCAAGAGGAAGGAGAGGGAAGCAAAGGAAAUGCAUGAAAGGAAAAGGGCAAGAGAAGAAGAAAUCGAGGCGGCAGAGAACGCAAAGCGACAGAGAGAAUGGCAGAAAAACUUUGAGGAAACAAGAGAUGGGCGUGUGGACAGCUGGAGGAACUUUCAGGCCAAAGGCAAGACCAAAGAGAAGAAGAACAGGUCUUUCCUCAAGCCCCCUAAAGUUAAGAUGGAGCAGAGGGAAUGAUGUAAAACUGGACUUUUCGAUUAAAAUCCACUGUUUAAAAACAGUUCUGUGUAUCCUGUCCUUGUUGUCUGCAGUCAGCUGUGUAAUCAUCAUCGUCACGCAGUCAUCAGCAUAGUCUCAUAGGACAACACCUCGACCCUGACAGCUGUAGUUGGUUUUUCUAAUGUACAUAUUUGUGAUCUGAAACUGGAGAUCAUACCUGCCCUGUGUAAGAAAGAAAUGAUGCAUCUUCCUUUUAUGUAAUAGAUGAUGAAAACAUGGUUUGUU